GAGCAAUUAUCUGGUACUAGCGUGAGUCAAUUGAAGAAGAGUUUAAGGAAAGAUGGCCAAAGAGGAACAGAAGAUGCAAGUAUUUUCUCGUCUGAUGGAAUUCCCAGUCCUUUCUUCUGCUUUUGAGUGGAUUAAAAGAAAAUACGAAGAUGCAAAGAAGUCCGAAGUGUCUGAAGAAUUCUUCCUUCGAACGGAAGCUAUCGUGAUAAAAUCUGCUGAUAAACUGAAACCUUCCUUAGAGAAGCUUGAAAGUCAAAUUUUGACCUUUGAUAAUUAUGCUGUGAAAGGAUUAAAGAAAAUUGAAGAGACUUUUCCUAUCACUAAGAAACAACCUGAAGAAUUAAAAGCAGCUUUAACUGCUUAUUUGCAAGACCUAAAAUCCAGUGGCAAAAUGGACGUGUUCUGGUCUCGUGUUCGGAUGACUGCAAAAGAAGUAUUGAACAUAGUUCUGGAAUUUAUUAAAAGCAUGCUGAAAGCUGAGACUGUAGUUUUAGUUGCUUCUGCUAUUGCAAACUUCUUAUUGCCUCCCUUGAAGGACGAACCUGAAUUUUCGAAAACAACUACUCUCGACCUGAAAGUGGUGUUCUCAAAUUGUAUACACCGAAUGCGGUAUUAUGGAAAGGCUCUUGUCAGCAUGAACCCGGACGUAAAAUGGAGUGACUUCCCCCUUCUUGCCUUUCCCGCUAAACUCUGGUCCGUUCCUCUACUCGUGUACUACGAGAUGAUGGCAUCUUUUUCAUUAAAUAAAAAUGUAAUUUUGUAAAGCAAUUCGUUCAAUAAACAUUUUUUCAUAAUUAA